AUGACUCCCAAUAAUCCCCCCAAAAAUAUCUGGCGGAUGUUGGCCGUAUGUUUCUUCAUGUUGAUUUGUGGAGCUUCAGAUGCCACCCCUGGUGUGGUAUUACCCGAAAUCGAAAGCUACUAUAAAAUCUCCUACGGUGUAGUGUCCAUUAUUUGGGUGGGCAAUGCCUUCGGGUUCAUUUUGGUUGCAUGUAUAUCCCAUAAAAUGGAGUCUUGGUUCAACCACAGAAACCUAUUGCUUAUUGGUACUGGUUUGGCUAUGUUGAUGUACGCCAUCGUCCUGAGUGGAACCAAAUACCCUGUUAUUGUGAUUGGGUUUUUCUUUGGGGGUGCAGGGCUUGCUAUCAACUUGUCCAAGAGCAACGUGUUUAUGUCACGGUUUGGCGACAAGCUGGCUACGUAUUUAUCAUAUGCCCAGUGUUGUUAUGGCGUUGGUGCCACUGUUUCUCCUCUUAUUGCAACUGCAUUUGUGAGCUCUGGGAUCAAAUUCCAUUUCUUCUACUUGGUUCUUUUGGGAUGUGCAUUGACAGCCUUUGUGCUCUUCUUCUUGUCUUUCCUGGGCGCCGAAACAGACUUGGCUCCCUGGGAAGCAGAAUACAGAGACGAGAAUAAGGGACUGGAUAAGGAUCACAGAGAGCUUCUCAAGGCUUCACUCAAAAACAAAGUUACUUGGCUCAUGGCACUCUUUACCUUCUUCUAUCAAGGGGCUGAAGUUGCUGUUGGAGGUUGGAUUGUGACUUACUUAAUCGACUAUCGAGGAGGAAGACAAUCGGUUGGUUACGUUGCAUCUGGGUUCUGGAGUGGUGUGGCUCUAGGAAGAUUGUUUCUUACUCGUCCUCUUUAUAAGUGGGUUGGACCAAGAAGAAGUGUCUUUAUAUGUUCGCUAACUGCCAUGGUUUUCAUUGGCCUAACUUGGGCAGUACCGUCUAUUAUAGCAGCGGGGGUAUUGGUUUCGCUUGCAGGUUUUUUUGUGGGACCAAAUUACCCAACUAUGCUCAAGUUGGCAUCGGAUAUGUUUCCACGUAAGAUUCACAUUAUUUCUUUGACCAUCACCACAGCAUUUGGGUCAAGUGGAGGUGCGUUCUUUCCAUUCAUCAUUGGUAUGGCUGCACAAAAAUUGGGUGCUUUUGUUGUGUUGCCCGGUUUUCUUAUUUUGUAUACCCUCAUGCUUGCAUUCUGGGUUGCUUUGCCAAACAAAGACAGAAGAAUUAAAGACGGAGACAAAUUUGGUUUAUGGCAAAGAAUUUGGUAA